GCCCCCAAAUGCCCUGGUACGGCCGAGAGUGGGGAGAGUCCGCUCUCCCUCUCGAAAUACUCUCACACGGCCGCGCGUAUACAGCCUCUGCCAGGGAAGUCCUACUCAUUGCCUUCUCGUGGCGGGGGUGUUGUUUACGAAAAUGAGAGGACGAAAAGCGAAUGUCCGGCGCUUUAACCGGAUUCCAAACCAAUGGUGCACAUGGGCUCCAGUAUCCUGCGGGAACAAAUGGCGUAUGAACCAAUUGUUGGUCACCGGCUUCCAUGGGACUGCAUCUCCUUACGAUGCUCCACUGCCUUGUGGAUCAGACCUUCAGGUCGAAGGCUCGGGGUGUGGCCCCCUAAGAAAACCACCUGCUUCGGUCUGGGCACCCGGGCAGUAUCACAGCCCCCACACAUAUCGAAUGAGAUUUGUGUGGCGCAUAUGUAUUUGAUGCCUCUUUGUACCAUUAUGUAUGUGUUGAAAUAAUAAAUAAUAAUAAUAAUAAUCACACUUCACGGUCAACAGCAUAACAUCAGACCGCUAGCUUGCUGCUCUUAGUCUUACUGUCCCUCAAAUGAUUUUCUGGAGUAUCAGGACCUAAAGAAAAAAGUAUUCCAGUCAAUAUAGAUCAACUGGAAUAUUACUAUAUGCAAACCUGAUAACUACGUUAAGGAAGCAGAUACGAUUGGAAAACAAUAACGAGGUGGGGGUACAUGGACAUAGUUUACAACGCUCUUUUAACCAGGAAGAAAGACGAAUGCCUUCUGAUACGAAGUUUAGUUCAAGAAGAUUGAUUUUAUGAUCAAGUGGUUGCCGUAGACUUCAUAAGCGGAAUGAUCACAAAUUAGUAUCACUUUUGGUGAUAACAAGAGUGGAGUGGUAAACUAAGUAGUCGUCAUUCAAUUUAUUCUUGUGGACAAAAACGCUUAUAACGUAAACCACUACUUAUAAUGGUUAUGAAGCAACGUUUAAAACUUGAUCCGAAAGUAAGUUUGUGAUUCAUCUAUUACAACGAAUAAUAUAAGCUGUUUUUAGCUAAAAUAAAGGGAAAUCGUAAGAAAAUUUUUAGUAUGGUGGAGAAAUUAGCGGAACACUCCGUUUUAUUCAAACAACAUGCCAAAGAAUUUUCCAAUAGAGCAAAAAAUCUUAUCUCUGCUAUGAAAUCUACAGAUGAUCAUACAGUUUAUCUAAAUUCCAUAGUGGAAACAGAACUCAUUAUUUUCUCGUUGAAUGUCAUGUUAAAAUCAUCAGGAGCUCGUCAUAUUUUAGUUGAAAAGGAAUUGUUUGCCUUAUUGAGUGAAUUAGAUCAAUCACUUAACAGUAUUUCACCUCCAUUUAAUGAUGCAACUUUGAGAGAACUGUCAAUACAGCACCAAAAUCGAGACCAGCAUAAUUCGAUUGAACAAGAUCCGGGUCCAGUGAGAAUUUCAAAUGACAAUAAUGAUAUUAAAUCAAGUGUAACUAAUCCUAAUGAAGAAAAUUGUCAAAUACUAUCUUGUGUUAAUAAUAAUAAUAAUGUUAUUAAAGCUGAUUGCAGCUCCUCUACUGAGCAGCCAAAACGCAAAUCUUUAAAACGUGUGAGAAAGCUUAGUAGUAAUGAUGAGGAGUGUUUGACUUGUAAAUAAAUCAGUUUUUACAUGAU